AUGAUCCUUAAUCUUGUUCCAGAUGCUUUAUCACAAAACCUUGACGAUGAUGAUCACGUUCUCGUUAUAAUCGAAGGUUUCAAGAGUUACAAUGAGCAAACUGCUACUGAGGAUUUCAGCAGCAAAGUUAACUGUGUUGUUGGGGCAAAUGGGUCUGGGAAAAGCAACUUUUUCCAUGCAAUUCGUUUUGUAUUGAGUGACUUCUUCCAAAAUCUGCGUAAUGAAGAUAGGAAUGCGUUACUCCAUGAAGGUGUUGGUCAUCAAGUUGGAUCUGCGUUCGUGGAGAUUGUCUUUGAUAAUUCUGACAACCGCAUCCCUGUUGAUAAAGAUGAAAUUCGCUUGCGCCGAGCUAUUGGUCUGAAGAAGGAUGAAUAUUUCUUGGACGGGAAACACAUUACAAAAAAUGAAGUUGUGGAUUUACUGGAGAGUGCUGGAUUUUCUCGUUCUAAUCCUUACUAUGUUGUUCAACAAGGAAAGAUAGCCUCGUUGACAAUGAUGAAAGAUUCAGAACGGCUAGAUCUGCUAAAAGAGAUUGGUGGUACCCGUGUUUAUGAGGAGAAACGCUGUGAGAGUUUGAAAAUUAUGCAGGAUACAGGCAAGUUAUCAGUGUGCACUGCAGUAAUACUGGAACCUCCUUCAUUAUUUCUCGUGCAUGCAUGGGUAUCUCGAAAAUCUAAUACAUAUAGCCGCAUGACUUGUCUCACAGGGAUUAAACGAAAUCAUAUCAUCCAAGCUGUCCAAUACUUGGAUGAAAAACUAAGGGAACUGGACGAAGAGAAAGAAGAACUCAGAAAAUACCAACAACUUGAUAAGCAGAGAAAAUCACUCGAAUACACCAUUUAUGAAAAACAGCUUCACGAUACUAGGGAGAAACUGGAACAGACUGAAGCUGAAAGAACUAAAGCAUCCGAAGAGUCUACAAAAAUGUAUGACAGAGUUGAGAAGGCCCAGGACGAGUGCAGGAGCUUAGAUGAGUCGCUGGCAGGACUGACAAAGGAGCUUCAGACAAUGAACAAUAAGAAAGAAACUGUUGAAGCACUAAAAACUGAAGCUAUAAAGAAGAAGACAAAACUUGAGCUUGAUGAGAAUGAUUUAAAGGAACGGAUUGCUGGAAAUAUCCAGUCAAAGAAUGAUGCACUUGAGCAACUUAGUAUGGUGGAAAGAGAAAGGGAGGAUUCUUUGAAGGAACUAGAGGCGAUUACUCCUUUGUAUGAAAGUCAGGUUGACAAGGAGAAGCAGACGACCAAAAGAAUCAUGGAGCUGGAGAAGAAGCUUAAUAUUCUUUAUCAGAAAAAGGGACGUGCAACUCAGUUCUCAGAUAAGGCUACUCGAGACGAAUGGCUCCGGAAAGAAACUAAAUAUCUCAAGCGUGUUCUAGACUCAAACAUGGGUCAAGAGCAAAAACUUCAGGAUGAAAUUUUUGGCCUCAAUACUGAUUUGAAGGAGCGUGAUGCACACAUCAAGAACCAUGAAGUUGAAAUUAGUGAACUGGACACUCACAUUUCCAAGUCCCAUGAACAAUUCAAUAUUAAAAAGAGGGAGAGGGAUGAAGAACAUAGAAAAAGAAGGGAAAAAUGGGGAGAAGAAAGUCAACUAUCUUCUGAAAUUGACAAGUUGAAAAUGGAACUUGAGAGGGCAAAGAAAAAUCUUGAUCAUGCAACUCCAGGAGACGUAAGGCGAGGACUGAUCUCUAUCAAACGGAUUUGCUCUGAGCAUAAGAUCAAUGGAGUUUUUGGUCCACUUGUUGAGCUGGUUGAUUGCGAUGAGAAGUUUUUCACCGCAGUUGAAGUCACUGCUGGAAACAGCCUAUUUCACGUAGUAGUUGAGAAUGACGACAUUUCAACCAAGAUAAUUGAACACCUGAAUUCUCGAAAGGGUGGACGUGUGACCUUCAUACCGCUGAAUCGAGUAAAUGCACCUCAUGUAAACUAUCCACAAUGUUCUGAUGCAAUACCACUGCUGAGGAGAUUGAAGUUCGACUCCAAAUUUGCACCAGCAUUUGGCCAGGUUUUUGGUAGAACAGUUGUAUGUCAAGAUCUGAAUGUAGCAACAAGAGUUGCUAAGAGUGAUGGCUUGGAUUGCAUAACUUUAGAAGGUGACCAGGUGAGCAGAAAGGGUGGCAUGACUGGUGGAUUUUAUGACCACAGGCGGUCGAAAUUGAGAUUAAUGAAUACCAUAAUACAAAAUAUGAAGUCUAUAGAUACGAAGGAGAAGGUGUUGGAGGAUGUUAGAAGACAGCUACAAGUGAUAGAUCAGCAGAUCACACAGAUUGUUACUGAGAAGCAGAGACUUGAAUCAGACUGGACGCAUAGCAGAUUACAGGUGGAGCAACUGAAGCAAGAGAUAGCUAACGAGACUAAGCAGAAACAUGCUAUACAUAUAGCCCUUGAACAUAAGGAGAAAUCACUAGGUGAUGUUAGAAUACAAAUGGAGCAGUUAAGAUCUAGCAUGGCCAUGAAGGAAGCUGAAAUGGCCACGGAACUUGUGGAUCACCUAACCCCAGAAGAAACGGAAGAAUUAUCACGAUUAAACCCAGAAAUUGAGGAUCUUAAGGACAAACUUAUUGCAUUCAAGACAGAUCGGAUUGAGACAGAGACAAGAAAAGCAGAGUUGGAGACUAAUUUGUCUACCAACUUAAAGAGGAGAAUAGAUGAGUUACAUGCUACUAUAGCUUCCGUCGACGAUUAUAGUUUGCCUAGUUCAGCUGGCUUAGAAACACAAGAACUUGAUGAUGCAAAACUAUUGGUUGAAGAGUUCACAAACGAGCUCCAAGGUCUCUGUCGAAGCAUUGAUGAGAAGACUAAGCAGGUCAAGAAAAUUAAAGAUAAGAAGGCGAAGUUAAAGACAUUGCAAGAUGACUGUGAGAUGAAAGUGCAAGAUGCAAAUAAAAAGUUGGAGGAACUAUUCAGCCUUCGUAACACACUCCUUUCUAAGCAAGAAGAGUAUAGGAAGAAGAUUAUGGGAUUGGGUCCAUUUUCAUCCGAAUCUUUUGACAUGUAUAAACAAAAAAGUAUAAAGGAGCUGCAGAAGGUGCUACACGGGUGCAGUGAACAGCUGCAACAGUUCAGCCAUGUUAACAAGAAAGCGCUUGAUCAAUAUGUAAAUUUCACAGAACAGCGAGAAGAACUUCAGAAACGGAAAACUGAGCUUGAUGCAGGAGAUGAGAAAAUAAAAGAAUUGAUUACAGUUCUGGAUCAGCAGAAAGACGAAUCUAUAGAACGUACUUACAAAAUGGUUUCAUUUCACUUCCGGGAAAUAUUCUCUCAGCUUGUGCAAGGUGGACAUGGUCACCUUGUCAUGAUGAAGAAGACUACGAAAAAGGACCGUGAUCACGAUGACGAAGAUGGGUGUGGUGAAGCUGCUACAGAGAGAAGGGUUGAGAAAUACGAUGGUGUAACAGUGAAGGUGUCGUUUACUGAUCAAUGGGAGACACGGUCAAUGAAACAGUUGUCGGGAGGACAAAAGACCGUUGUUGCUCUUGCAUUAAUAUUUGCCAUCCAGAAAUGCGAUCCUGCACCGUUCUAUCUCUUUGAUGAGAUUGAUGCGGCACUUGAUACUCAGUAUCGAACUGCUGUCGGCAACAUGAUUCGUGGUUUAGCUGAUGACAGCGUAAGCACGCAGUUCAUAACCACAACUUUUCGUCCGGAGCUAGUGAAAGUUGCGGAUAAGAUGUAUGGAGUGUUUCAUGAGAAUAAUGCGAGUAUUGUGAAAGUUAUUUCAAAGGAACAGGCGUUGAACUUCAUCCAGAAUGAUCAGUCGCCAUGAUACUUGAUUAUCACACACUCAGGUUGUUUACUCUUUCUUCUAAGUACUAAUCUCUUUUUAGACUGUAUGUAAAGCUAAGAGCAUCAUUAUCCCUAAACCCUUUAAAGGGUCUUUUAUUUAAUUUUUUUAUAGUUUUUAAAGUGUAAAAGUGAGUUAAGAGACUUAGAAAGAGAUUUGAACAUUUAUGUGGUUUAUUGCAAGUCUCUUAAUUAUGGUUCUUAAAAAAAAUAUAUAAAACAUUCUCUAAUACAAGUUUGUUUUUAGAGAUCAUAGUUGUUGUCACUCACCCAUGUACACAAAAUAAUCUAGGAACACAGGUAAAUGUAUACAUAAAAGUAGACGGAAUCAUCAUUUGCUUAUAUAUAUAUAUAUAUAUUAUAACUUUGUUUGUAGACAUCAUUACAUAUAUUUAGCUUUUGAAGGUUAUGUAUAUGUCACAACACGACACAAACACAUACAACAUCUAUCUAUCUACGGAAGCAAGAAAUGGUACUUACAAGAUGGGCAAGCACUUCACAAUCACUCCCAGUAUGGUACUUGUGAGACUUCAGACUUUCACUCUGCUCUUGGGAACGCAUACCAAUACUUGAAAAACUAAAAUUCAAAGAACAACUUCAUUUGAAUUACGGUGGUUACAUAAAUAAAAAAAGGAGAGAAACCCAUACGAGCAAUCAAAUGGAUAGAAAACACAUCAAUGAAGUUAAAAUUCAAAUACUAUUUUACAGCAUCUCUCUACUGAGUUUCAUAGGAAACAUGAAACAGAAGAUCAUUCACUGGUAUUCUUAGGACUAACCAUAGCAGUUACAAGGCUUUAGAUUUAGUAGUACGGUACUACUAGUACCUAUCAAAUCCGUGAAGAGCACCACAGGACUUGACUCUUUCCUCACCAGCGGCGUCACACAACUGCUCAUGAUUCUAUCUUCCGAGAAGCUAACCUACACAUUUCCAAAUUACAAUGACUGAUCAUAAAGAGUUAUUGAUUCUAUGUCAACGUGUAAGAAGAAGAAAAAUUCACUUUUACGGGAAGCCUCUCGAUUCAGAGCAAACGUGUCUAUGAUUCUCUCAACAUCUCUCGGCAGAAACGUCGGUGAUCAAUCCGCGCCGCAUCGUUAAGCUUCUUGCUCCGUCCGUCAUCGUGGCAGAGCAAGCGACGCUGCUUUCUUUUAGCGGUUGGUAAUCUCGAACAGCGUAGACGAUUGAUUGCUUACGAGAACCAUUCAUCCUUCCUGUCAAAAACAUUACAAAAUUGAUUCCUUUACUAAUCGAUUCAAUAAUCAAUUGGAUGAUUUUCGAUUUCUCUACACCAAUCAACACAGAUAUAUAUACUUUUGAGGAUUUUUACUCCGAAGCAGUAUGUGAGAUCAUUGAGAGUGAGAAGACUACAUCAAUCUUUCUCUAUCAAACUUCACAAGGGUGAGCCAAUUCAUAUAAACAAAAAAAGCACAAAACUUUCAGCAUCAAAUGGUUGGACCAGAAACAGAGGAUAACAGAGUAAUCAAUUACUAUCUUCUUCGUUCUCAUGAGCUAACUGAGAGAGAGAAAUCAAAACCUCUUUGAGAAGAAUGGAUUCAGGAAACGGGUCGUGGCUUCGUCAGGUCUCGAGGAGAAGCUGUGGCUGUCGUCUUUCUUGCUUUUCUUCUUCUUAGAGACGAAGACGCGUGGAGGAGUGACUCCAUUUUGAAGGAAGCAUGAGAGAAGUGAGAUGGAGAAGAAGAAGCUACAGGGGAAGGGAAGGAGAGGAGUGACUCCAUUUUGAAGGAAGCAUGAGAGAAGUGAGAUGGGGUGCUUAUUUUUUUUUAUUUUUUUUUCUUUUCUCUGAUUAAAAAAAAAAUUAAAAACCCACCAAUCGCGGACCGCCACGUGUCAGUGGAUCCGCGAACAGUUGAAAAACUUCUCCAAGAUCGCUGCUUAUUUAGGCAGCAGAAGCACCCCUAUUUUCGAAAAUGGUGGGAUCCACCCACUAUUUUAUUCUUAUUUUUUAAGCACCUCCCUUAAGCUUCUAUGGUUAAUGCUGAUCUAAGCGAUGCUUUACUAUUUUCCAGGGAAUUGGUGUAUUUGCAUG